ACCUUCUUGUUUUGAUUGACAGCCUCAACAUCCAAUCACAAAGCCCUAUGAAAACCCAAGCGCAAAGGUGAGAGAGAGAGGGAGAGGGAGAGAGCGCCAUAGGGUACCUGCUGGUCUCCUCGCUCUAUCUGCACAGGGAAAGUCAUUCAGUGGCUGAACUCGAAGGCGGGGAACACAACUUGUUGAGAAUAGAAGGAGAGAAAGGCUCCUGUGACGUGGCAGCGAUGACGGACCGCCUGCACACCUUGGGCGCGUGAACCGAGUGAGCGAGGCCGUGCGUGGAUGGGUUUGGACGUGCGCGCUCGGAUGGGAUGCACCGUGAGCUUCAUCUGCUGUGAAGAGGACUUUCUGCAAAUGCCUGGUUUCCAGCAUGAGGAGAAGGAGAAGAACGAGGGACCGAACCGGCCGGAGGAGUUGGAGGCUCUUCAUUCCCAUACGUUCCGGGUGAAGACUUUCAAGAAGGCCAAGCCCUGCGGCGCCUGUCAGCAGACCAUCAGCCAAGAUGGACUCAUCUGCCGAGUGUGCAGAGUAGCAUGCCACAAGAAAUGUGAAGUCAAGGUGUCUUCAUCGUGUGUUCCAGCAACAAACUAUGAGCUGGCACCGAGCAGCGACCUCCCUCUCAAACACUUGGACACCAUGGGCUCCACAAAGUCUUCAAAGAGCAUGGAGUCCCGGCGCAGACCAUCAAGGAGCACGAGUCUGCUGCAGGCCCUGGACGAGAGCUACGAGCUGGACCUGAUCUACAUCACGGAGAGGAUCAUCUCCGUGUCCUUCCCCGGCAGCGUGGAGGAGCAGAGUUACGCUGCCAACCUGCGGGAGGUGGCCUCCAUGCUGCGCUCCAAACACGGCCACAGCUACCUGCUCUUCAACCUCAGUGAGAAGCGUUAUGACAUCAGCGAACAUAAUCCAAAGGUGUUGGACUUCGGCUGGCCUGACCACCAUGCUCCUGCCCUGGACAAGAUAUGCAGCAUCUGCAAGGCCAUGGACACCUGGCUGAGCGCGGACAGCCACAACGUCGUCGUCAUACACAACAAGGGCAACCGGGGCAGGACCGGAGUGGUGGUGGCAGCCUACAUGCAUUACAGCAACAUCUCUGCCAGUGCUGACCAGGCUCUGGACCGGUUCGCCAUGAAGCGCUUCUACGAGGACAAAGUGCUUCCUGUGGGGCAGCCAUCACAGAAACGGUAUGUGGAGUACUUCAGCGGCCUGCUCUCCGGACACAUCAAGAUCAACAACAAGCCGCUGUUCCUCCACCACGUCAUCCUGCACGGCAUCCCCAACUUCGAGUCUAAAGGAGGUUGUCGUCCCUUUCUCAAAAUCUACCAGGCCAUGCAGCCCGUGUACACAUCUGGGAUCUAUAAUGUUCAGGGUGACAGCCAGACCAGCAUCUGCAUCACCAUCGAACCGGGUCUUCUGCUGAAAGGGGACAUCUUGCUCAAGUGCUAUCACAAGCGCUACCGCAGUCCGUGCCGAGAUGUGAUUUUCCGGGUGCAGUUCCACACCUGCGCCGUUCACGACCUGGGGAUCGUGUUUGGGAAAGACGAGCUUGAUGAGACAUUUAAAGACGACAGGUUCCCUGAAUAUGGAAAAGUGGAGUUUAUUUUCUCCUUUGGACCAGAGAAAAUCCAUGGUGUCGAUCAACUGGAAAACGGGCCGAGCGUCUCGGUUGACUACAACACGCAGGACCCGCUGAUCCGCUGGGACUCGUACGAAAACUUCAACCAGAACUGUGAGGACACCACGGAUGAAGUCAUCCAUACCGAAGGACCCCUGGACGGCAGCCUCUACGCCAAAGUUCGUAAAAAGGAGUGCGUGGAAGGGUCAGGCACAGCCAACGGCCUCCCGCCCACCGCUGCUGACCAUGCCUUACCUGCGGUUGACCAUGCCUUGUCAGUGAGCAGUGACUCAGGAAACUCUACUGCCUCCAUCAAAACGGAUCGAACUGAUGAAGUGACAUUAGCUCCUCAGGCUUCCGCGGUGAGCCAGACGGCCGUUCCUGCUGCUGAGGAAGUACAAUCGGUCCAUCACCACGCUCCUCCUGCUCAACAACCGAUCAGUCCCCAGGAGAAACAGGAGCUGGAGCAGCUGCUGAGUGGUUUGGAGGGUCCCAUGCAUCGGCAGGGCUACCCGUCUACCCCGACCUCGGCCGUUGGAGGCGUGCUGCACCUGGUUCCUGCCCAGGUCCACGUCAACGGGCACGGCAGCAUCGACCGUGAGACAGACAUUUUGGAUGAUGAGCUGCCCAUCAGUCAAGAGGGCAACAGUGUGGACAGUCUGGGGACAUUCUCCUCCACAGAAGGUCGGGCUACACCAGCCGAUCUGUACUACCAGCCGCAGUCACUGGUCAACGGUCAGGACCACGUGGCGUAUCUGGAGCGCAGUGUCCCAGAAAAGCCGCUGGAAGCCGCCAGGACGCACGGCGCCAAAUCCAACAAACCCGUCGCUCUGAUGCAAAGCAGUUUGAACCACUCCCAGUCAUUUGGUGCAGAGCCCAUCUCUCUGCCACAAGCCCCCACCCGCACCACCAGUAGCAGGGAGGCCGUCCAGCGGGGUCUUGUGUGGCAGCAGUUCGGUGUACCAGAGGAGCCAGUCACUGAAGGCCUCACCUUUAGUCCCCCCCCAGCGGCAGCAGGGAUGCCCAGCCACCACAGCCUCCCACAAUUCCCUCAUCGCCACAGCGCCUCCCAGCAUGAAAUUGAGCAAUCUAUUGAAACUCUUAAUCUCCUUAUGAUGAACCUGGAGCCAGGCCGUCCGCUGGUGCCAAAGUCACAAAGUGCGCCGCUGCGGGAAAACAAUUUAGUGGUGACCACCCAGCCGUCCUUCUCCCAAAGCCAACCCCGGCCCUCCUCCAAGGUCGAUGCGACCUCUCACGCUCACUUUUCUGGCCCCAGCCUGGUCAGCUGUUCGUCAAAGGCUCACGUCUCACCUGGGAAGCCUAGUACGCCCGAUGUGUGUUACACAUCUGAGAGGGCUGGAAGCAGUCUUUCCCAACACGCCUCCCCCUCUGUAGUCGGUCACUUCCAACUCAAGCCCAUCAACAACUACCCGCCAAGCACAUCGUCCCAGUCCGGAGAGGUCUCUGAGCCCCAGAGACCACCACCGCCGAGGGACAGUGAGCAAGAUGAAGUCUUCAACGUUGAAGGUCUGGUGGCCCAGAGGGUGGCUGAAUUCUCGGCUCGUGUCCAAAGUGUCCUCCCCAGCAUGAGCUCUUCUCAGUCUGAGCACCACCGUUCUCACUCCUUCUCGGGCGUGCAGGCCCGUUCGGUGUCCCCGGAUGACCCGGCAACGCUUCCCCGCCAUCGCAUCUGCAGCGAGGGCCAGCAGCAGAGCGCCUCUGAUGACGACCCCUCUGUAGACGCCCCACUGCGGUCGCCCGUCCGCUGUGUUUCUCCAGAGUUUGCCAACGCCAUCGCCAUGAACCCCGGCGGACGCCCUAAGGAGAGAAACAUGCACAGCUACCGCGAGGCCUUCGAGGAGAUGGAGGGUGGCACCAUAAGUCCUACACCCAUUGUUGGUGGUGAGGUGUUUCCCCAAACCCCUGCCUUCCCCAUCUCACCGCAAACCCCUUACUUCAACCUGUGUCGGUCCCCUCCUGGUCUUGCUAAGACUCCACUGUCAGCGCUGGGUUUGAAGCCCCACAACCCAGCAGAGAUCCUCCUCAAUCAAACGGGCUCAGAAGAUGAGAGCAGUGAGAGUGAGGAAGCUCCAAGAAGCUACGUUGAGUCUGUGGCCAGGGCGGCAGGGGGAGAGCAUUCAACGUCCCCUCGUAGCCUCAGCCCCUCGGGAGAGACUACAGCCCAGCAGAGGAGUCCAAGUCCCACAUCCCACCCGCUGAACCAACCUUUGUCCAGCAGCAGCCCCAUCCAGAGCUCCCUGGGUGUCAGCACUCCGUCCCAACCCACUACUGAUUCGGGCUUCCGCUCCCAUGCCACAGAGAGUGCCUACCCCACUCCCACCCCCUCAUAUCAAGCCCUGAAUACCCCUACUUCCUCCUACCUAGAUUCCAUCUCCCCGACCUCCUCCUACCUUGGCCCCAACGCCCUGCUGGGGAGUUAUAUGGCCACAGAUUCUGGCCCACUCACCCCGGAAGCAUCCCAGACGAUGCUGAGCCGCCCCCGCAGUCCGCAGCAUCGGACCAACGCCCCCGGAUCCACUUACAACCCCCUCCUGCAGCCGCGUCCGUGUGCCGUCCCAGAGGCUUCCAUCACGGCCCAGCUCACAUCCCCAGCUAACGGCUUUGAUGUGGCUACGCUGGGUGUCGGUGGGAGCCCCGUUCUGGGCCGUCGGCCGUCCCAGGGGGCUCAGAGCAGCCCGGUCCUCAGCAGACAGGCCUCUUUGGGACAGGGGUCCCAGCGGAGCCCGGUCCUCAGCAGGCAGCCGUCGAUCACACACUCCCAAGGAAGUCCAGUUCUGGGACCGCACCCCUCUGUAUCGCAGGUGUCCCAGAGAAGCCCCAGUCUGGACCGUCACCCCAUGCACAGCGGUUACACCACCCCAGACGAGAGGCACGGGAACCUGUCACGACAGAGCAGCUCAUCCGGCUACCAGGGACCCCCCACUCCCUCCUUCCCCAUCUCACCUGCAAGCUACCAAGAUGGGGGCAUGAUGGGGAUGGGUGCAGGGUUCCGGCAGGGCAGCCCCGCCCCUGGUUUCCAGCCGCAGCUUCCAGAGAAGAGACGCAUGUCGAGCGGCGAUCGACCGAACGGAGGGGUGUCCCACGGCACGCUGAACGGGAAGAUGAUGUCCCCGAUGAGUGGAGGAGGAAACCCCGGGUACUUCCACACCCUCUCCGACUUCUCCAGGUUUAACAUGUCCGAUGGAAGUCCUGAAAGCAGGCUGAACGUCAAGUUUGUCCAGGACACGUCCAAGUUCUGGUACAAGCCGGACAUCUCCAGAGAGCAAGCUAUUGGCCUGCUGAGGGAGAGGGAGCCUGGAGCCUUCGUGAUCCGGGAUAGUCACUCGUUUAGGGGAGCUUACGGCUUGGCGAUGAAGGUGGCCUCUCCUCCACCCACAGCACAUCAGAGCAAGAAAGGCGACGUCACCAACGAGCUGGUGAGGCACUUCCUGAUCGAGAGCAGCCCGAAAGGAGUGAAGCUGAAGGGUUGUCCCAACGAGCCUUACUUUGGCUGUCUGUCUGCCUUGGUCUACCAACAUGCCAUCACACCACUGGCCCUGCCCUGCAAACUACUUAUCCCCACCACAGAUCUCACGGAGGAAGUGCCAGAGGUAGCUGCUCCGAAUCCACUGGCUGAGCGGCUGAAACAAGGAGCAGAUACCCAUGUUAUCCCAGUGCAGAGGGCCCCUGCUGAUUCCCAUGCAUGCAACGUGCUCUACAUCAACUCCGUCGACAUGGAGUCCCUGACGGGUCCUCAGGCGGUUGCCAAGGCCAUAUCGGAGACUCUGGCUGCUGCGUCUCCAGCCGUCGCCACCGUUGUGCACUUCAAGGUGUCUUCACAAGGCAUCACGCUGACCGACAACCAGAGGAAGCUUUUCUUCCGACGCCACUAUCCUACCAACACAGUCACGUUCUGCGAUACUGACCCACAAGACAGAAAGUGGAGCAAACCUGAGGGAGGAACGGCCAAGCUGUUUGGCUUUGUGGCGCGUAAGCAGGGCAGCACAACGGACAACGUCAGCCACCUGUUCGCCGAGAUGGACCCGGACCAGCCGGCCAGCGCCAUCGUCAACUUUGUUUUAAAGAUGAUCGCCUCCCAUAAAAGAUGAGAGCUGUCAGCAAACCCCUCUCUUUUCUUCUUCAAACACCUACUCUCUGUUUCGGAUGAUUUAGCGUUUGGUUUGUCACCUCAUUUCUUCCGCUCUUUUCCGUUUGCGUGCAUGUGUCAGCGUGUUAGUGUUUGAGAGGCGGCUUGCAUGUGCUUUUGUUCUCGGACGGACUCCAGAAUGGACCAGAGGAAGUGCAGGGAUGGGGCGCGGCUGUGUGUGACAAUGGGGGGGGGGCAGUCGAACUCAUGAACAGGAAGAGGGAAUGACAUUGUGUGUGCAAAUGUUAUUUUAUAACAAUUGUUUCAUUUCUGUUCAUUUUUUUAUAAAGAAGAAAGAAACAAAAAGAAGUUAAGUUGUGUGAUGUAAAGGUGGAUUGUAAAUCAGGCUUUUGAGUGGUCAACCAAAGAUAAAAAAAAGUAGUCAGGACGUGUAUAGUGUGCCACUGUCGGAGGGUCGGAGUAUUCUUUUGUAAAACAAAUAUGGCUGCUUAAUCCAAAAUACUGUCCCUUCCUGUAUGUACUGAUACUGUAGGUCAAUUAUGCGCCGUUGCCAUCUUGCAAACAAUGUUUUCGUACAUCUUUGCAUCAGUCGAGGUCUGUGUAAAUAUUCUUGAUUGCUUUAUGAGUAGAAUUGUUCUAGAUGACAUUUGGUGCCUGACGUUCUUUUGUAAUGCAGAGCUUUGGAAGAAAGAGGAAAACAUGAAACUCUCCCAGGCUGUUUGAAAUAUGCAAAUGGUUGAACCUGGAAAGUUCAGGUCACUCUCCAAAAUUCCACAGCUCCAUCUUUAUCAAUGUAGUGAUGGCGCUAAAGAUGCUACAGGUGUUGCGGCUCCAAAGUGCAAACUAAGUCUGGCAAUAUUGUUUCAAAGGACUUUGUCGUGCGUCCGUUCUAUCCACGUGUCUGGAUCCUUUUGUUCAGGGAGGCCAAGGAGAGGAGUAGCUUCCCACCGGCCGUGGUUGAACAGUAAUGGCGGCUUGAGGCGAGGCCCUGAUCAGACACACUGCGCUAUGCACCAGGGCGCAGCUUCCUCCUUUUUCACAUUAUCCCAACACAAACUUGUCAGUUCCAUAAUGACAUUUGACCUCUGCAUUUAACCCAUCCUACGCAUUAAGGAGCCGAGGGCUCCUGUUAGUUCCAAGGAGAAGCUUCUUCUGCUCGACGCAAGGCGCUGAAAAGCCGCCUCAGCGUCUGAUCAGGGCCUCAGACUGUUCAAAGCUCUUUGUCAGCCGAAACUCACACCCUACCCAAAACUAAGCUAUACAUAUAUAGAUAGAUAUAUAUAUAUUAAAAAAAACAACUUCAAAACAGUGACUUAAGAUAUUUAUUUUUUUUGCUUUGUUGCGGUGUCAUCUUGUAUACAUGUAUUAUAAAGUAUACAUCAAGAUUACUGAAAGUGAGAAGAAAAGAUGCUUUUUUAUUUUGGCUAAAGUCAAGUGCAUUGACGUAUCUAAGGUGUAAAGUGUGUGCAUUUCAAACUGUUGUAUUUUAAAAUGGUUUUUUUUCACAGCAUUACUUCCUUUUAUUAACAUUCUUGUUUUCUAUGGGAGUCUUGUUUUUAUUUUUAAGAGGUUGAAAAGAUCUAGAAUGAAAGAUUGCUGUUACUAAAGUCCAAAUUGGAGUUAUCCUAAAGACAUGCAGACACAAUUGUUUCAUUAACUUAAACCUGCCGAGAAAAUACAUUGCCCAAGUUUAGCACUUAAAUGUUGAAGUAUUAUCAGUGUGUUUCUACU